CUGUUCAUGAGUUCCACUCCCAGCCUGCUGGGCUCUGUGUGAAGCGAGGCCAGAGGGGAGGUCCCAUCUCAGUGGAUCUUCUCUUUGGGGCCAGUCCUGGGCGAGGAGAAUUCACAGCAGGAUAAGGAGUAAAUCCAAGUGCAGUGAAGGACAGUUCUGGUGUUGGGACCUCCCAGCAUGCAGGGGGCUGAAGGCACAGAAGGGAAGAACAGGGAAUCUCCAGCUUCCUGCCUGCCUGGCACAGCCCUGCCAAGGACACUCCAAGGUGCCUCCUCCUGUCUCCAGGCUUCUGCACCAUCACUACCUGUGCCUUUCUGGCACAGCUGUGUUACUCCAUUCUAGCCCGGUUUCUUUAGAAAAUUCGGGACACGAGGGGCAGUGAUAACUGGAGGAAAUCUUCACCAUGUUGUAAUUAUGAUAAAAGCUGUUCCAGAAAGGGCAAGGUGCAGUUCACAUCAUAGAUACACUGCGUGAGAAGACAAACCAAAGUAAUGUCACCUGCCUUGAAUGGGCAAGGCAAUUAAAAGUGCCUUUCUUCCCAAGAACACUGAUGGGCAUUUCCUUCCAAACACAAACAGGAGGCACAGGAUGGGCUGCUCUGCCCGUGUCAAAGCUGCAGAGAGGCAGAGGAAGGAAGGAAGCAGGGGCAGGGAAAUGUGUGAGGAGGAAGAUUCUGAGGGAGCUUGCAGGAAGUUCGUGUUGCUCUCUGCCGUCGGUGCAGGGCGCCUGUGGUGGCUGAGGGCACAGCAGAGCAGUUUUGCAGCCCCCGAUGCGGCUCGGGUUGGGGUCGUGCGAGGAACGAGAGUUUUCAGAGCCCAGGCUGAGCUGAGCGAGCAGAGCGCAGAUGCCAGCGGGCUGCCCGGCACAGCUCCGUGCUGUUCCCAGAGGCGGCGGGGGAGCCCGUGUGCCCGUGGGGUGGCAGUGCUGGGGGCAGAGAGCCCUGAGAGCCCGUCCUGCAGCCCCUCAGCCCCCGGAGCAGCGCGGCACUCGCGGGAUGACAUCCUCGGCUGACAUCAGCUCGCACGGCUGGCAUUGGACUCCGCCGCCGGCUCGGAGGUGGGGCUUGGCGGGGACACUGCUCCGGGCUGCCGAUCCAGCGGGAGGGAGCCGGGGCUGGAGCAUCCCGCCUCCCCGUGUGCCACCCUGCGGCACCGGCCCCUCCCUCCCGCGGCUCCGCAGGGUGAGUCCAGCGCCUCCCGAGCCGCGUGUCCGCCGAGCCCCCGCGGCCCGAGCGCUGCCCGCGCUGUGCCGCCUCCGGCCGCGCUGUGCCCGGCAGCGCUGCCAUCCUCCCGGGAGCGGCAUGUGCGCACCUCGGCAGCCCGGGUCACCCGCUGCCAGCGCGGGAACCGUUCUGAGGAACUCCGUUUUUAUCGGCACCUUUGCUACUUCAUUGUUGCCUGGCUUUUGAGAGCAUGAGUUCUGGUCAUUAGCGGUGCUGCCGCCUGAAUAUUUCUUCAUCAGAUGCCACAAAACAGAGUCUAGGGAAACAAAGAAACUUGUGAUGUGGAGCUGACAGUUCUGGUUUCAGCUGGUGAAAACUUGCAGAAUCAGUGAGAAGGCAAAGAAAAAAAUGCCCAGGACAAUGACGGUAACUGCUGGUAAUUUGUCACUCAAUGGGACGAGCUUCUUCACUGAGAAUCACAGCAUUAUGGACAAACCCAGUGAGCAGAGAACUUGGAAUGUCUUUCUGUUCUGCUUGACUUUUGCCAUUGCACUCCCAGCCCUUCUGGGCAGCAUUUAUUCACUAGUUUCCCUGCUGAAACUGCAGAACAAAACCACGGUUUCGAUGAUUGUGACCUCUUUGGCAGCAGAUGAUCUGAUCAGCAUCAUGCCAGUGAUUAUUUUCAUGCUCACGCAGUGGUCAAGCGAAGCCCUCCCUCAGCCUCUGUGCACCACCUCAGCAUUUAUGUAUUUGUUCCAGGGCAUUUCUAGUAACCUGAAAGGGUCUCUUAUAAUUUCUUACAACUUCUACAACCUCAAAAUGACUGGGACACGGAGCUGCAGCUCCUCCAAGCGCCGUGUGAGCGUGGUAUGGGCCAUUCUCACCAUCUGGACUGUCAGUUUGCUGCUGUGCAUUUUGCCUCUCUGUGGCUGGGGCAGGUACGUCCCCACGUCCUGGGGCUGCUUCACAGACUGUGCCAGUUCCUACACGCUGUUUGUGCUCGUUGUGUACCUGCUGUGCUUCUCCCUCCUGGCGGUGCUGGCCGUGCCCCUGGCGCUGCGGCUGCUGUGCUCAGGUGAGCCCCAGCUGCUGCACCCCGAGCUGCAGGGCUCUGCAGGCUCCGUCUGCCCCGGGACACCACGGGGCUGCGGCGCUGCUGCCCCUGCCCUGGCACUGCUGGACCCUGGGGAUAAAGCCCUGGAGCCUUUCCAAAACUCGGAGGCGGUUUUUGGGAAGGGCGUGGCUGAGAGCAGCACUCAGAGCAGGAGCUUCACCACUGGCUUUGCCCAGAAACGAUUCUCACUGGUCCUGGCACUGGCCAAAGUCCUUCUCUGGCUCCCAAUGAUGAUACAGAUGGCUGUCCAGUACAUCACUGGGCUGCAGAGCCUUUUGUUUGAGACACUGAGCUUCCUGCUGACUGUGCUGGCUGCCACUGUCACCCCGGUGUUUGUCCUGUCACAGCACUGGCUCCACCUGCCCUGCGGCUGCAUCAUCAAUUGCAGGAGGAACCCCUGUCCAGUGUCCUCACAAGGUGCCAAAACCAAGCGCAGCGGUUUUGAGUUCAGCCUGUCGUUCCAGCGAGGCUAUGGAAUGUACAGGAUAUCCCGGGAGAAGCCUCCCCACCACAGCAGCCACGGUAAAUCCACGUCCCACCACAGCCUGGUGGGCUCUGACUGCGAGGAGCCUGCCAGAGGCCGUGGCACCGGGGUGGCACCCGUGGCACUGGGACACGGGGACACCCCUGGGGACCCCUGUCCCGCGGGGCCAGGGCCCUGCCAGGGCCAGGAGGACACGAACCGUGGCCCAGCGGCGCUCCCCGAAGGGCCCGAGUGGAGGCUGUUCCACGAGGAGAGCCCCGCCCCAGAGCUCUCGGACUGGGAGUGGUGCCGCAGCAAAUCCGAGAGGAACCCUCGGCAGGAAGCUCUUUGCAGAGACCCUGCACAGGACCUAUUUAUGUGCCCUGCAAGGAAGGAGAGGGGGAGCUGUGCAGGUGACUUCACUGAGGAGGAGCCAGCACAGGAGAAUUUUAACAUGAGAAAUACACAGCAUCUCACUCGCUGCAGGACAGCUGUGAGCAGGCACAGCACAGAAGCUGAGUUAGGAACGGCCUUGGAGGUUCUCAUUGCUUCCCUCUGGCUGCGCGCGGCCCUGGCCGUGCCCCUGUGCGCCUUCCAGGGCACCGUGUCUCUGCAGGCCCCCACCGGCAAAACGCUCUCCCUGUCCACCUACGAGGUGAGCUCCGAGGGCCACAGGAUAACCCCCACGGCCAAGAGAAUCGAGGUGUACCGCUCCAAAAGCGUCGGGCACGAGCCCGGCCCGGCGGAGCCGCGGGACGCGUUCGCUGACACGAGCGUGAAGAUUCACUUGGAGGUGCUGGAGAUCUGUGCCAACGAGGAGGCCCUGGACACCGUGUCCAUCAUCAGCAACAUCAGCCAGUCCUCCGCGCAGGCACGGUCGCCCUCCCUGCGCUACUCCCGCAAGGAGAACAGGUUUGUGUGCUGUGAGCUGGGGGAAAGCGCCUCCUACUCCCUGCUCAUCCCCUCGCACAGCCCCGGCGGCGACUUCAGCAUCUCCAUCCCAGACACCGUGGAGGCUCAUCGGCAGAACAGCCAAAAGCAGCACUCGGCCAGGGCGGGGUACCAGGAGGAGAUCCAGCUGCUGAACAAAGCCUACAGAGAGCGGGAGGAGCAGGGGAACAGCAGCUAAAAGGUGUUUCACCAACACGCCUCAAUGCUCCGACACACAGUCCUCCCUCCCCUCGGCUCAAGUUACCCCAGCAAAUAUCAGCUGUGUUCUUGUCAUUCCUAUCAUUCCUUACGUGUUCAUCCCAAAUUUUAUUUGGGUGCACCGUUGAAUCAAUUCAAACUGUUAAUGCUGUAUCAAGGGGAUAACAAAUACUCAAGUGCUUUACAGCUUUCCACAGUGGAUUUAAAGUUAUUUAUUUAUAUACCUAUUUAUUUGAGGAACACGUGUGUCUAAAGGGAAUCAAAUAAAGUGUU